AUGAUUUGGAAGGCUGUAAUUCUCUUAAGCUUUGCGCUAAAUGUGCUUGGCAAAGAAAUUGCAACAUCGGAACAACACGUUAAAAUAAAUCAUAAGAAGCAUGAUGGCCAUCACGGUGAACUAUCGCACAUUGGUUCGAAGGAGCUCGAGCAUCAUGAAGAAUACGCAUGGGCGUAUCCGUCAUAUGAGUUCUCAUACAAAGUACAUGAUCCCCAUACACAUGAUAUGAAAGGGCAGGAGGAACACAGAGAUGGUGACAAAGUGAAGGGCGAGUAUUGGCUGAUAGAACCCAACGGUCACAAACGCACCGUUAAGUAUCACGCCGACAAACACAGUGGUUUCCAUGCUACCGUCCACUACUCCGAUGAUUACCAUCAUCACGAACACAAGGAAGAAGAAAGUAAAGAAGAAGAGGAAAAAGAAGAGGCACAUGAGGAAGAAAAAAAAGAAGAAGAACAUUCAGAUGAUAAACAAGGUAAAGAAGCUGAAGAAUCACAUGAACAUGAAGAGAAAAAGGUCGCCGAAGAAGGUGAAGAAGGGAGCAGCGAUGGUGAAGAAAGUCGUGGUCAUGAAGAAAUAGGCAAAUGGAUUCAUGACCAUCACUGGGGUCAUCGCGGUAACAAGCACCACUAUGAGGUGAAGAAGUAUGAUCAUCAUGAUGAUGAUAAACACUACCAUGGACAUAAAAAUGCGCCUUACGCGAAGGUCUCACAUCUUGGACACAGAUACAAAGCGGGCCAUAAAAAUAGUGAAAACUAUGACAUGUUCACUGGAUUGGGCAGUUACGAAAAUCGACAUGGCCAUAAAGACUAUCACGGUGAUAAUGAAAGGCAUCAAGAAAGUCGGGCCCGAGCAGCGUACCAUGGAUUAGAUGCCCCACAUGCACACAGACAAAGCAAGAAUAAGGCUAUUGUAAGAGAAAACUACCUUCAUCCCCGUUACUACAGACACAGUCAAUUUAAUAAAGCCGAGCAGUAA